CUCUGGCCCUGGGGGUGUCCCAGGCCACCCACCCUGACCACCACGUCCUCCCUGACCACCGUGUCUCCUCUGAAACUGGAGCUGUCUUCGUCCAUGAGCUGGAGAGGGAGCUGUUCCAGGAGGCAUUCCUUGCUGGGAGCGAGGAGGAUGAUGAAGGCCCCAUCACCUUCCAAGCCCACCUGCAGGCCCACCCUGACCUACCACGGUGGCUGAGGUACAUCCAACGCGAUCCCCUCCAGCCUGGCUACCUGUAUGGCUGCCCCCAGCCUGGCUACCUGUACGGCUGCCCCACGGCCACCGAGGUGGGCACCCACAUCAUCGAGGUGUUGGCGUACAACCGUCACACCUACGCCACGGUGUCCCAGCGCCUCAUCAUCGCCGUCGUCCCUGCUCCAGGUGGGGACCCCCCAUACCAGGGUGAGUUCCUGGUGGGGAACAGGAACGUGGAGGAGCUGCUGCCAGAGGUUGUGCAGGAGAUGUUCCUCCAGGCCUCGGCUGGGGUCUGGGAGAGGAGUGACCUCCACAUCAUCAACAUCACCUCUGCCCUGGACAGGGGUGGCCGCGUCCCACUGCCCAUCGAGGGGCGCAAGGAGGGGGUGUACGUGAAGGUGGGCUCCCACAGCCCCUUCUCUCCAUGCAUGGU